AUGUUCUCAGACUCAAGACUAGUUGUCGGCCAGGUGAAGGGUAAACUAGAAGCAAAAGAUGAGAGGAUGCAAGGAGGAAUCCUUAACCCCCUAUCCAGCCCUUGGCCCUUUGCUCAAUGGGGCUUAGAUAUCAUUGGUCCAUUCCCCAAGGCCGCAGGGAACAAGAGGUAUUUGCUGGUCGGCAUGGACUACUUUACUAAAUGGGUUGAAGCUGAGCCCUUGGCGAAUAUCAGAGACUUGGACGCUAAGAAAUUUUCCUGGAAAAACAUUGUUACUCGGUUUAGGAUCCCUCGCAUCCUCAUCUCGGACAAUGGCCUUCAAUUUGAUAGAAAAUUUUUCAGAAGAUACUGCUGUGAUUUGGGAAUUACAAACAAAUAUUCUACACCAAUUUAUCCUCAAGGGAAUGGACAAGUCAAGGCUGUUAACAAGGUCAUAGUGAAUGGACUCAAGAAGAAGUUGGAUGAUGCGAAGGAAAAAUGGGUGUAA